UAUUUCUUCCUUCAUCACUGGAUAAAAAAAAGAUCUAAAAGGAUUUGAACGAAACGCAAGCAAAUAGGACGAGCUUAAACUGGCAUCUUGUUUUUCAUGGACUGGAUGGGCCGAAUGGUACAGCACAGUAACAGGUUCUUCCAGCCCAACAAACCCACGCCCCAGUGCGAACAAUUAACCUGCUAACCUGUAUGCCUUUGGAAAGAGGGAGAAAGCCCAUCCAGUCAUGUAAAAUGUGACCUCCAGCAUGCUGAGUAUCUGCCCCUGGACUGAGAGGAGGAGCAAUGGCGCAAUCACCUUUAUUCAGGGAUCUGUGGGAGGAGCCACAGGAGCAGUCAGCAGAGGGGCGUGUCCAGACAGGCAUUUCCUGCAGACCACGGGAAUUGAGAUCCUGCUCGUUGAGAGGACGGUUCCUGUAAUUCACAGAUGAAUAAGGAGCGGAGCAGUCAGCAGCCCAAGUUCGGCGAGCAAGACUUGGAUGUGAUCAACAACAAGAUCAGAAAUCUCAGCAAAUGGCGAGAGAUCUUCAGCCAACGAGGGUUGCAGUUCAAGGACACUGUUGUGAAGAAACAUCACGACAGUCGGAAAGUAGAAGAAGACAGUAAAGACAAGGCAGGACCUCUUCAGUCCAGCAGUUGCAAAUCUAAUGGGCACCUCGCCACGUUCAAUUCCGUUCCGAAAAUGUUCCUCCUGUCUCCCAGCCUGGGUGGUAUUCCCAUCACACUGGAUGACGCAGUGGCGCUACGGAAGAUUCUGUUUGGGACAACAUUUCAAGUUUUCAAUUAUGAAUGGAGGAAAUCUCACUUCAGAUUCCGAGACCCUAAUUCUGACUUGUCGUAUGCUUUAGAGGCUGAGAGGGGUGGUACAAGAUGUAUUCAGAUGGCUGUCCAAACCUACAUCCUUAAACGCUUACUCUUCACAGGAAAUGGUGAACUGGAAGACACCAACGAUAAAUGCCUGCUGGAGGUCAGCCAAAAAGACCAAGAGAGAGUGUUGGCAGCUGCACUGUCCGACAUUCUGUGGACAGCAGGGGAAGGCGUCCAGAGUUGUGUUUGCCUGGUAACCACAGAAUGCUAUAUCGCUCCUACCAUCAAUUACAAAUUUGACAGUUACACAGAACAGCUGCAGCUCUUUAACUUCACUGACAAGGCAAAGCUGCAGCAGUUUGUGACUGACCACAUACACUGUUUUCAAGGUGAAAGAAGUCAUGGAGUCAUUCUGUUCCUGUACAGUUUACUCUUCUCAAGGACUCUGGAAAAGCUUCAUAAGGAUAUGGACCAUACAACCCCUCAUCUUCUGCAGCUCAGCCUGGGGAAUGUCACUUGUCGGCAAGCUCUUAUAAACCUGAUGCUCACGGGUAGAGCCAGUCCGAACGUUUUCAAUGGAGAUCUUCAAUACGAUGACCAGGGUGCCUUGCUGAAAGAUCCACGACAUGGAAUCCUCGCUCGAAGCGAUGUGGGUUAUCUCUACUGGAACAGGCAUGAGCUGGACCAUGAAAAGCUCCCACAGGUAGGAAACAUGUUGAAAACUCCAAAGCUGCCGAUCUGGCUGUGUAACAUCAACAAUGCCUUCAGUGUGUUCUUCAGCAUAAAGAGACAGCUACUGUCCAACUGGAAAAUGGAACAUGUCUUUGACUUGCAUUUUUACACUGGCCAGCCUUCACAGACAAAAUUGGUCACACUAACAAUAGAUACUCGCUCUCAUCACUGGGAAGAGGGGAUGCAUGGGAAGGAAGAUGAUCCCGAGAAGAGGACCCCUUCAGUGCUGAUGACCAUUCGCACCAAGUGGGAAGGAGCUGCAGUUGACUGGAAUGGCACAGUUCCGUUCUACUAA